UUCAUCAUUUUCAUCACAACAUUGAAAUCAUUUGAAGACAAGUAAUUUUGCAACUUUUGUUCAUUUUAAUAUCUGUUUGAUGUGCUUUACAUUUGUAUAGUUUAAACCUAAUUUAUGCACUAAAUCAACCCUUGAAACCCUACCAGUGAUUAACCAUGAAUAAAUCAUCAACUGAACUUUCCUUUGGAAUUGAUAAAUUGUUAUCCACAACAAGCAAACCAACAGCACCAAUAGUGUCAGUUAAAACAACAACAACCUCAACAGCAACCUCAAGUUCAUCCACAAAUGGAGUCAACAAAUCAAAAAUGUUUACCUGCUCGGAAUGUGGCAAAGUAUUUAAUGCCCAUUACAAUUUGACACGUCACAUGCCAGUCCAUACUGGAGCUCGACCCUUUGUUUGUAAAGUUUGUGGCAAAGGAUUUCGCCAAGCAUCGACCCUUUGCCGACACAAGAUUAUCCAUACAGCUGAAAAGCCUCAUGUUUGCCUAAUCUGUAAAAAGGCAUUUAACCGUUCAUCAACCCUGAACACUCAUGUAAGAAUCCAUUCCAACUAUAAACCCUGGAAAUGUGAAAUUUGUGGAAAAGGUUUCCAUCAAAAGGGUAACUUUAAAAAUCACGAGUUGACUCAUAAAGGUAUUAAAGCUUAUCGCUGUGAAAUCUGUAACAAGGCUUUCCAUCAGGUUUAUAAUUUGACCUUUCACAUGUACACUCAUAAAGACACCAAACCAUAUACCUGUUCCUUUUGCAGUAAAGGAUUUUGUCGCAAUUUUGACCUUAAGAAGCACAUGAGAAAGUUGCACGAUGUUUUGUCAACAAACCCGACAACCUCAUCAUCAAGCUCUACUCUGACCGGAGCAUCAACCGUCUCUGGACCGUGUAAAGGCAAGCCAUCAGGGUUACACUCGACAUCAACAAGUGUCACAACUACGGCUUCUACUUCAGUAAAAGAUGCAAAAACAAAGUUAAAUCAUUCCUCUUCAACUUCAUCGUCUCCUUCGUGCCCUUCCUUUACGGGCUCAGUUAAUACACUUUCAUCUCACCCAGUUGGUCUACCUUCACAGGUCACAUUACCUCAAGCUUCGACCGUCUCUUCAUCAACCCCAACUCAUAAUCUUAACGGUACCUUUCAACAUUCGCAUCAUCACCCUCAUCAUCCCCAUCUCACUGGACCAUUGACUUCACCCUCAUCUUCCAUGGGCUCAACUGACCCUUAUAGAAAUGCUUUCUCUCUUAUUUACCAUCAUCUUCAUCAUCUUCACCAACAUCAUGAAACAGACUCGCAACUUACUCAUCCAUCCAAUACAGUUUUCAGUGUAAACGCUUUAAUAUCAGCUGUAAGUUCACCUGAAGAGUCAAUCAACUGUGAAGAUUCACCGAUUCUUGACGUUGUCGAUGAUGAAGAGGAAGACGAGGAAGAAGAAGAUGAAGAUGAAAAUGAAGAAGAUGAAGAUGAAGAGGACGAAGAAGAGUUUGAAGAUGAUGAUGAGAGCAUGCAUGUUGAUGACAAGGUGCAGUCAAAAGAUGAAACAAUGAGAAGACGAGCAAAAUUGAAAAGACGAGUUGGUUACAGUGAAAAGACUGAACCUAGAAGACGUCGACGAAAAGUCAAAACAAAACACAAGGACGAUGAGAUAACCUCAACAUCUAACCUUUUACUGUCCUCAUCAUCCUCUUCUUCAUCAUCUUCCUCCUCUUCAUCUUCAUCCUCAUCUUCCUCUCGAUUUUCAUCCUCAUCAACCAGCAAACCUGUUGGACUGACUGUUGAGUCAAUGUUGAACAAAUCAAAUGAACCAAGUAAAGAAAAUUUGUUUCAACCUUUAAGACAUUGCAUUUAACCAAUUUAACCAGAUUCCCUUAAUCAUCCCAUCAAACCCUACACUAAAUCACCUUUUCAUCAACAAUUAGAACUUUGAGUUCAACUUUUCUCUUCAAAUCCAAUUUUGUAAUUGUUGAAUGUCUAACAAUGCUAAGUAUUUUAAAAUUCAGUGUUUCAUCUAGUCUUUUAAAUGAUCCGUUUUCAUGGUAAUGGCAAGAAAAAUCAACAGCAAAACCAUCAUUGAAUUCACUGUUAACAUUAAAAUAAAAAUAAAAGAUUCAACUGUGAAAACUGUUUGCAAUUUAAUUUCAAUGUUUGCACUGAUUUGGUCAACAAUUUAAGUUGAAGAGUUUAAUGAAAAU